CGAGAGGAAUGGGGUGGGUUCACCAAGGCCUCCCAAUCUCUACCUCUCUUAGUCUUACGACACCCAAUACUGAGUCACUGGCAGUCCCUUUCGUUCUUGAAUUGCUUUCCCAUUCCUGUAGAAAAAAAAUGGGGAAAAUAUCUCAGGUCGAGGAAAGUUCCUUCGCCGUGGAUGAACGGGAACUCGGUUUCAAGACUUAUGGUAGCAUUUCAAUCAAACAUAAUCUAUUGAGAAGGAUAGCGUGUAAAUGAAGCAGCUUACAAGAUUUUAGCUUCAUCGAGCUCUGCAAUCGAAGAGUUCCCUGAUAUUUUACUUAGAAACGGAAAAAGAUUCGUAUUUCGGAGAGAAAUCUUGAUGGCAGCCUCUUCUAGGUCCUCAUCUGGUUGGAGUUAUGAUGUGUUCCUGAGUUUCAGAGGUGAAGACACUCGCAAUACCUUUGCCGGCCACCUCUACAAUGCGUUGGAUGACGCUGGAAUUCAUAUUUUCAAGGACGAUGAACGACUCCUCACGGGGGAGGAGAUCGGCCCAGAGCUACUAUCUGCGAUCGAAGAAUCGAGAAUCUCGAUCCCCAUCUUCUCGAAGAACUACGCUUCUAGUAAAUGGUGCCUCAAUGAACUCGUCAAGAUCGUUGAAUGCAGGAAAACCAUAAAUCAACUUGUCCUUCCCAUCUUCUACGAUGUUGAUCCAUCUGAUGUCCGUAACCACACUGGGAGCUAUGCGAAGGCUCUUUGGGAACACCAAAAAAAUUUCAAUCAGACAAUCAUAGAGGAGUGGAAAGAGGCUAUGAGAGAGGUUGGGGAAUUGAAGGGAUGGGAUUUGAAGAAAAUCGCUAACGGGCAUGAAGGGACAUUGGUAAAGUUAGUCGUUGUGGAAGUUUCCAAUAAAUUGAGAAAAGACGCCCAGAUUGUUUCUGAUGAUCUAGUUGGAAUCCAAUCUCAUGUAGAAAAAGUGAUGAGAUUAUUAGACAUUGAAUCAGAAGAUAUAAAGAUUGUGGGGGUCCAGGGGCUUGGUGGGAUUGGUAAGACAACUAUUGCCAAGGUUGUGUACAAUACAAUCUUGCAUCAGUUUGAAGGAUGUAGCUUUCUUGCAAAUGUUCGAGAAACUUCUCAACAUUAUAAAGGACUUAUCGAUUUGCAAAAUCAACUUGUCUCUAAUAUAUUGAAAGGAGCAAGAUUCAACUUCACUGAUGUAGAUGAAGGAAUUAAUGUGAUCAGAAAAAGACUUUGCCGGAAGAAAGUUCUUAUUAUUCUUGAUGAUGUGGAUCACAAAAUUCAAUUAGAUGCAUUAAUCAGGAAGCAUGGUUGGUUUGGUUUGGGAAGUAGGAUUAUAAUCACAACAAGAAAUGGGCAUAUCUUAGCUAGUCAUGAAGUGGAUGAGAUAUACGAGCCCAAUGAAAUGGGUGCAAAUCAAUCUCUUCAACUGUUUUCCAGGCAUGCCUUCAAAAGGGAUCAACCUCCGGACGACUAUCUAGAUCUCUCAAAAGACAUUGUAAACAAUACUGGAGGGCUUCCCUUGGCUCUUGAGGUUAUCGGUUCAUCUUUAUUUGAUAUGAGAAUAUCAGCAUGGCAGGAUACACUAAAGAUGUUGCAAGAUCAUAUUCUUCAUGAUGAAAUUCUGCAAAAGUUGAAAAUAAGUUAUGAUGGCUUAAAGGAUUCGGAGAAAGAGAUAUUUCUUGACAUUGCUUGCUUUUUCACUGAAAUGGAUAAAAGUGCUGCAUGUUUCAUAUGGCAACAUUGCAAUUUUCACCCUGGAAUGGGAGUUGAGGUUCUUUGCCAGAAGUCUUUAGUGAAAAUUGGAGAAAAUAAUGAACUGAAGAUGCAUGAUCUGCUUAGAGAUCUUGGAAAGGAAAUCAUUCGUCAAGAAAACGUUAAGGUGCCAGGAGUGCGUAGCAGGUUGUGGUCUCACAAGGAAGUCUUGGAUGUAUUGGAUAAAAGUGCUGGGACAGAUAAAGUUGAAGGGUUGUGUAUCGACUUCGGCGGUAAUUUAGGAAGCCAAUGUUGUUUGAUGAGUGAAGGAUUUACUAAAAUGACUAAACUAAGGUUACUCCGAGUUGAUUAUGCACACUUUGCUCCAGACUUUAUACCUUCUUUUUCGGAACUGGUAUGGCUUAGAUGGAAAGGAUGCCCUCGAGAAUUUACACUAACGAAACUUCAACCAGUGAACCUCGUUGUUCUUGAUCUGUCAUAUAGUUUUGUUACAAAUAAUUGGAUGGGUUGGAAGUACAUCAAGGUGGCAAAAAAUCUAAAAGUUUUGAAUCUGGCAGAGUGUCAAUACCUAUUCCGGACUCCUGAACUAGCAAAUCAUCGCUUGGAGGUCUUGAUUCUUGAAAACUGUAAAAAUUUAGUUGGGAUUGACGAAUCCAUCAACUAUCUUGAGAGGCUGGUCAUAUUGAAUAUAAGGGGAUGCUCAAAACUAAGGGAUCUCCCAUACAGCAUAUGGGGGUUGGCUUCUCUCAGAAACCUCAACAUACAUCAAUGCGAAGGUCUAGACAAGUUGCCUGAUUCCAUAGGCUUUCUCAAAAACCUUGUGACUUUUGAUGCCAGUUUUUGUUAUAUCAAGGAUGGGGGAAUUCCGGAUGCUUUAUGGUGGCUAUCCUUUUUGGAAAUCUUGAGAAUAGGUGGAAACAAUUUUCAUUGCCUACCAGUGACUGUUUCCAGCCUUUCCUUGCUCCAUACACUCGAUUUAAGGUUCUGCUACAGACUGCAAUCGCUCCCAGAACUUCCUUCUAGUUUGAAAAUUUUAAAUGUUACGAGAUGCAGAUCUUUGAAAUCUCUCCCAAGGCUUUCAAACCUGACAAAUUUAGAGGUGUUGUGUCUUGAUGAUUGUGAAAAUCUAGUGGAGAUGCCAGCUUUGUCAGGGCUGAGAAAUUUAGAGAAUUUAAGUCUUGAUAAUUGUCAGAGGUUAGAAGAGGUUAAAGGCCUCAAAGGGUUGGAUUCCCUAAAACUGUUGACAAUGAAGAACUGUGGAUCAUUAAGAAAAAUUGAGAAAAUAUCCAGCUUGAGAGAACUGAAAGAGUCAAGAUUUACGGGCUGCUCGAAACUAAUGGUAUUAGAAAUGGAAGGCUGCGAGAGAUUACUUGAGAUUGAGGGUCUUGUGGGAUUGGAUUCCCUUGAGCGUUUGACAAUAAAGGGCUGCACUUCAUUAAUGCAAAUCUCGGGACUGUCUGAAUUGGAUGAACUUCCGCAAAUGGUUUUCGAACAACUACCACUUCUGCAACUGUGUAAGAUGAAAAAUUUCAGAAUGUUAGAAAUCUUGGACUGCAGAUCAAUAGAAAAUUUACCUCAUCUCUUCAACUUGGGAUACUUGAAGCAUCUUUCCAUUGCCGGGUGCAUCAAAGUAAAGGAGAUUCAGGGCCUCAAUGGAUUGAUAUCCUUGGUGACGUUAGAUUUUAAUAAUUGCAUAUCUGUGGAAAGAAUACCAGAUCUCUCCUACUUGAGAAACUUGAAGCAUAUGUCCACCGCCGGGUGCAUCAAUCUAAAGGAGAUUCAAGACCUCAAUGGAUUGAGAUCCUUGGAGACGUUAGAUUUUAAUAAUUGCAUAUCUAUAGAAAGAAUACCGGAUAUCUCCAACUUGAGAAAGUUGAAGCAUCUAUCCACUGCUGGGUGCAUCAAUCUAAAGGAGAUUCAAGGCUGCUGGGAAUCUUGGAUGAUUCAGUGCCUCAAUGUAUUUGGAUCCUUGGAGAGGUUGGAUUUUAAUAAUUGCAUAUCUAUGGAAAGUUUACCGGAUCUCUCCUACUUGAGAAACUUGAAGCAUCUAUCCAUUGCCGGGUGUGUCAAUCUAAAGGAGAUUCGAGGCCUCGAUAGGUUGACAUCAUUAGAGAGGUUGGAUUUUACCCGAUGCGAGUUUAUAGAAAGAUUGCCAGAUCUCUCCAACUUGAGAAAAUUGAAGCAUUUAUCCGCUGCCGGGUGCAUCAAUCUAAAAGAUAUUCAAGGCCUCGAUAGAUUGGAAUCUUUGGAGACAUUGGAUUUUAAUAAUUGCUUAUCCAUGGAAAGAUUACCGGAUCUCUCCAACUUAAGAAUAUUGAAGCAAAGAAGGUUGAGCUCUUGUGGAUGGAGCACAAGACAGGGAGAAGAUAGGAGCGAAGGGGAUAUGGAAACAGAGACUUUUGCUUCAGAUGUAGAGCAAAACAGAAGCUGGAAGGGGAGUGAUGGGGAUGCUUAACUUUGAGGUUCCUACCUGAGGUCUCCUGAGAAACAGAUUUGAAUCCCAGAUCUUUCAAUCCUGAAAAAUGAGGGGUUAAGUACUAAAUCUGUUAAGAUUCUUGUACUGGUAUUUUAAGCCAAGAUGGAGUAUUUAAAUAAACAUUGGCAUCUUCACCAUUGGAUAUCUUCCUUGGAAACCUCACCAUUGAACUAAAAAUGCAGGUCUAAGGAGGAGCUUCAUUGGACCUUCCAGAUGAUAUCAAUUAAUCCUAUCAGCAAGAAAGAUUAUUUAAGUGUGCGCUUGGUUCAAUGAUAAGGUACGAAUGUUGUGACCUGGUGGUCAAGCAGCCGAAACAGUCUCUCGACAUUCUCGAGGUAAGGCUGCGUAGUUCUCGCCCCAGACCUCACACAUGCCGGAGUCUUGUGCACCAGGUAUGUCUUUUAUUAUGUAUUUAACAACAUCAGAGCCCCCUUUGCUUGGAGGUUUUUGAUUUGGAGGAUGAUAAAGAAGAAACCCAUUGGCAUAGAGCUCCGGAUGAUUUCACAUUCAUCCAGUUGAUUGCCCUACUGACAUACCUGAAAUACAACCUCUAUUCAGAGAGCGGAUCAAGGUCUCAUACAAGAACCAUUCUUGUACAGGACUGAUCCACACAGAUGGAAUCCACACAAGGAUCCCGUACAAGAAUGGUUCUCGUAUGAUAACAUGAUCCACACUCGUCCAUUCAUAUCGUAGAUAUAAUGGCUUCUGUUUUUGUACUUCUGUUUAUUAGAACCUUAACGAAAUAUUAAAUGGAUACGAAUAUUGAUAUGGUUUUUCAUAUCCGUCAAAUAUUUUGAACCAUUUCCAGAUAUCCAACUCAUUAAACAGACCUAAUACGGAUACAACUAGAUCCAUCCCAUAUUUGGUCCUUUUAGACCCCUAACCUUGAUUAUUUAUUCAAGUGGACGGACAAAUAAAAGUGACUUUAGUUAGGUACCUCGACCUUGUGAACUUAAUUUGAUAUUUAUCAUUGCUCAUACAGUUUCUACAUCCAUUGACAAUCUAGCUCUUGAUAAUGACAAAACGGGUACAGAGACUCUUGAAGCAAGACUAGAUGGUUGAUGCACCUACUUUCCAAACUCCCUCCCCUCACUUUCCCCUUGGACUUGGAGCCUUCGGCUCGCCCUCCCCCAGUAGUUCUCUCUCUCUCUCUUCUUAAUUUUUCCCCCCUCCUUUUGCUCUCUCCCCUCUUGCAAUUCCAUCUUUCUCCGCUUGCUAGGUUUAUAAUCUUUGUAUCUGUAGCAUACCUGAGCCUUGGCCUGGCUAUUCGCAGUGCUCAAUGGAGUACUUGCGUGAAGGUUGGUCGCUUGAUCAACUCCUCUCAAGUGCAUCGGUGCUUGACUGGCACCAAUUUCUUUGCUUUCCAAGAAAUGUGGCCAUAGGCCCAUGUGACUCCUCCGUGGGUCUGUACUUGGCCCCUAGUGGGUCUACUAUACAUUCCCUGGAGCAUUUGACAAUAAAAGGGUGCACAUCAUUAAUGCAAAUACUGGAACUGUUUGACUCCAAAGAACACAGGAUGUUAGAAAUCUUGGAUUGGAGAUCAAUUGAAAGAUUACUGAAUCUCUCCAAGUUGAGAAACUUGAAGCAUUUGUCCCUUGUCGGGUGCGCUAAUCUAAAGGAUCCUUGGAGACGUUGGAUUUUAAUAAUUGCAUAUCCAUGGAAAGAAUACCGGAUCUCUCCUACUUGAGAAACUUGACGCAUCUAUCCAUUGUCGGGUGCAUCAAUCUAAAGGAAAUUCAAGACCUUGGUGAAUUGGAACACUGGAUGAUUGAAGGCCUCAAUAUAUUUGAAUCCUUGGAGAGGUUGGAUUUUAGUAAUUCCAUAUCUAUUGAAAUAUUACCGGAUCUCACCUACUUGAGAAACUUGAAGCAUCUAUCCAUUGCCGGGUGUGUCAAUCUUAAGGAGAUUCGAGGCCUCAAUAAAUUAAAAUCAUUAGUGAGGUUGUAUUUUACUCGAUGCGAGUUUAUAGAAAGAUUGCCAUAUCUCUCCAACCUAAGAAAAUUGAAGCAUUUUUAUCCAUUGUCAGGUGUGUCAAUCUAAAGGAUAUUCGAGGCCUCAAUAGAUUGGAAUCCUUGGAGACGUUGGAUUUUAAUAAUUGUAUAGCUAUAGAAGGAUUGCUAGAUCUGCAUUUAUCGGCAGCCGGAUGCAUCAAUCUAAAGGAUAUUUAAGGCGUCAAUAGAUUGGAAUCCUUGGAGAUGUUGGAUUUUAAUAUUGCAUAUCUAUGUAAAGAUUACUAGAUCUCUCCUACUUGAGAAACUGGAAGCAUUUAUCCACUGCCGGAUGCGUCAAUCUAAAGCAUGUUCAAGGCCUCAAUAGAUUGGAAUCCUUGGAGACAUUGGAUUUUAAUAAUUGCAUAUCUAUGGAAAGAUUACCAGAUCUCUCCUACUGGAGAAACUUGAUAUCCAUCAGGGCCAUUACAAGGUGUGUCAAUCUAAAGGAGCUUAAGACCUUGACAAAUUGGAAUCAUUAGAGAGGUUGGAUUUUAUUGUGUUCAAGUUUGUGGAAAGUGUUAAAUAUUGUAGGUUUUUUAAAUUUACAUCCCCCUCCCCUGUACUUUGCUCUUAUUACAUCCCCCUCCCCUGUGUUUUCAGAAAUUACAUCCACCUCUCCUGUAGUAUGUUAAAUUUUACAAUUAGGUUCACUCCGUUAAAUUUUUACCAUUUUGUUUGUAAAAUAUUUCAGUAAUACCCACAUUACCCUCAUUAUUGUAUUUUUACUCUUUUAUGCUGAUAUACAUCUUUCUUAAUUCUGAAAAUCGAAUUAGUGAGAAACCUCAUCCCAUACAUCUGAACGGUGAACGACAAUCAAAGCUCUGGUGCUACCAAGACCUUCGGACCUUCUGCGUUCUUGUGGAUCAUUGGCAGGUGACAUAUUUCUACUUUCUUCUAUUUAGGGUUUCAUCUUUCCCUCAAUCCCUUGAUCUUUGAAUUUGACAAGCAUUCAUUUGUUCAUGAUCA